AUGAUGCGCAUAGCGAUUGCCGGAGGGCUGGGUCUUGGAUAUCUACUCGCAACGGGCCUGUCGCGCGCCGAGAAUGCAUACAAUGUAGUUGUGCUGUCUCGAACGCCUAGGAGAGAAUUUGCCGCGUUUGGCAUUCAGGUCCACGUGGUGGACUACCACAACAAGGACACGCUGCGGUUCGCCUUGAAUGGCAUCGACCUCGUCAUCUCGACCAUUUCCGGACAAGAGCAGCUGAACCUCAUCAACGCUGCAGGUCAUGGCCGGGUGCGCUACUUUGUGCCGUCCGAGUUUGAGGGUAGUCUUGAGAAGCGCCCGCCUGCCCACUCCGAUCCUCUCGAUCGAGGCAGCGCCGCGGCGCUGGCCCUCUUGCGCCAGUGGUCGGAAGGCUCGACGCGCAUGAAAUGGACAGUCUUUUCGUGCGGUGUCUUUAUGGAACGUUUCCAUCCGUAUGGGCUGACAGCAAGCUUGGGGAUCGGUGCCGGCGAAGGCGUGGGCACAGUCGGCAGCUACGUGGCAGACAUAAACGCCGGUUACGCAGACUACACGGCCAAGGAUGCAAAGAACAGUUCGGUGAAGAUUUGCUUGACAAGCGUGAUUGAUGUUGUCAGGUUUGUCAUUGCCGCCGUGGACCUCGGACCUUCGAAUUGGCCAGCCGAAUUUACAAUGCGAGGCGAGAAGAAGAGCUUGCGAGACGUUGUAGAUGCGCUGUCGGCAGCCCAAAAUAUUGCUUUUGACUCCCAGGUUCUCAGUUACCAAGAGUUGCUGACACAUAUCGCCUACAACACGCAAAUGGCCCAAUACGCUCGUGUCGCCUACCUCCAAAGAAAUCUCCAAACCGCCAACGGCCGCUACGAAUUUUCACGGACAAACUUGAACGAUGCCAUCGAUAGGAGCAGCCGCGUCAGCGUACGUCCAAUGAACUUUGCGCAAUGGCUGGCGACGGUAUGUCGUUGA